CCUGUUUGCUCGAUUUCUAACCUGAAUGCUUUGUGCGCGUGGACGGAGAUCAGAGCUCAUAAGACCCCUAAAUCCCUCUUACACCUAGAUCUGCUUAGGGAAGUGUCGUUUUAGCAAUAAUUAUGUUCCGACCUACACGCAGAAUACUGCACUUCCGAUAUUGAACAACAACAACAGCAGAAUAACUAGAUUGAUAAGAAAGACAAGAAAUGAUAAGAAAUGCUAUGAAACACGGUGUUAAUGCGGCCGUCACGGGUCACAGGUAAGUCUGUGAGUCGCUUACUCAGCCUCAGCGGCCUCGCGCCUCCGCCACUCGGCGAUCUCGUCUCGCAUGUGUCGGUGGCACCGCAGGACGGCGUCCCUGUCGCCCUUGAUGUGCAGGGUUCGCCUGACCCGCACGAUGCUGACGCCGUGGCUCCGCCGCAGGUCCUCCAGCUGGCGGUCACUGGGUCCUGCGAUGCGGGAGAUGAAUCUCUGAGGCACGGUGAGGCUGCGGUAGGCGAGGGAAGCUGUGGCGGGGGCGGCAGUGACGGUCACUGGUGCUGGGGCCUGGCCCUGAGGGGAAACCUCCCUGUCUGUGGCACUUGUACCGCCCCGAGAGGCUUCUGCGUGCUGGGGUGCCUCCUCUUGUGUCGCAGCGACAUCAGGGGCUUGCUCCUCUUCUGUUGCAGCGACAUCACAGGCUUGCUCCUCUUCUGCGGCAGGAACAUCACAGGCUUGCUCCUCUUCUGCGGCAGGAACAUCAGAGGCUUGCACCUGUUCUGCGGCAGCGACAUCAGCGGGUUCUUCCUCUUCUGCGGCAGGAACAUCAGAGGCUUCCUCCUCUUCUGCAGCAGCGACGUCAGAAGGUUCUUCCUCUUCUGCGGCAGGAACGUCAGAGGCUUCCUCCUCUUCGGCGGCAGUGACAUCACAGGCUUCCUCAUCCUCGUGCGCCGCCUCGGCAAAGUCAUCAUCUUUCACCGGAAACACCCUAUCCGGGAGAUCGUUCUGUUCAUUGCAGGUGUCAUCGUCAUUAUCGGUGUUUUCUUCAUAAUCUUCCACCGCAAACACCUUUUCCAGGUAAACUUUCCAUUCGUUGUAGGUGUCUUCAUCGUUGUCGGUGUUCUCUUCAUCGUCUUCCACCGCAAACACCUUUUCCAGGUAAACUUUCUGUUCGUUGUAGGUGUCUUCAUCGUUGUCGGUGUUCUCUUCAUCGUCUUCCACCGCAAACACCUUUUCCAGGUAAACUUUCUGUUCGUUGUAGGUGUCUUCAUCGUUGUCGGUGUUCUCUUCAUCGUCUUCCACCGCAAACACCUUUUCCAGGUAAACUUUCUGUUCGUUGUAGGUGUCUUCAUCGUUGUCGGUGUUCUCUUCAUCGUCUUCCACCGCAAACACCUUUUCCAGGUAAACUUUCUGUUCGUUGUAGGUGUCUUCAUCGUUGUCGGUGUUCUCUUCAUCGUCUUCCACCGCAAACACCUUUUCCAGGUAAAGCUUCCAUUCGUUGUAGGCGGCGUCAGUGUUUCCAUCAGUAUGCAUGGCCAUCUUUCCCUUGCCGGGCUUCUGUUCCAGUGGCCAUGUUGUGGGAAGGCCCUGGAAUUGCUGACUGGCCAGCUGAAGACCGACCUUGUCAUCGUAGAUGUACAGGAAGAAGCUGCCAGGUCGGCCUCCAUCCAGCAGCGCCUCCAGGAACUCUUCGAGGCUAACGCGGGCCUUGCGAGUUGCACCGCGGCGGUACGCCACACAGAUCUUGACCUGCGUGGCUUCGGCGUCUGGUUUCCCGCUGCACCUGAAGAGGUACUCCAGGUCCAGCGGGGCAGUGAGGGAGGUGGGGCCGGACGCCUCCGGGAAGGCGAAGACGGCCACCCCCCGCGAGCUGAGGGCUCGCCAGCACCCCCGACGCCGGCAAAGGGUGAUGGUCACCUUGCAGGCCGCGCCCCACCGCUGGCGCCGCCGUCGGCGGCCAGCACGACGCAGGUGCCGAGCACGGCGCGUCGGAUGUCUUUGCUGUGGGCUUUAGGGAACAUCUCGUUCACUACUUUUGUCUUCAUUUAAUUGUAAAUGUUUGAC